AUGGAUGCUGAGUUGGACUUAUUGUCCAUGACCGCAACUAUUGGAUUAUCAUUCUUCAUCCUGGGUAUUGGCUUAGGACCACUGCUGACUAGCCCCCUGACCUCAUGGAUUUUGUUUAUGAUCUGGAACAUCACAACGGCCGUUUCGAGGAAUAUCCAAACGGUGCUAAUCGCUCGAAUCCUCGCUGGGUUUGCGGGCGGUAUUUUCUUGUCCGUCUUCGGAGGAACAGUAAAGGAUGUCUUCCCCCUCGAUCAAAUCCAGAUACCAAUGACUCUAGUCUCCUCAGCACCCUUCAUCGGACCGUGUCUAGGUCCUUUAAUCGAAGGCUUCAUCAGCUACAAUGCAGAUUGGAGAUGGAACUUUUACUUUGUGAUCAUUUGGUCUGCGUGUCUCCUGUUGGGCAUUAUUUUCUUCGUGCCGGAGACAUAUCACCCCAUUAGACUGAAGGCGAAGGCAAGGAUAAUCCACAAGAAGACAGGAGACGAACGUUACAAAGCGCCUAUCGAGACUGCCCAUACAGCAAGCAGUAACGCUCUGGUGUUCUCUCUUCUGCGACCAUUUCAGUUGCUAUUCUUGGAACUCAUGUGUCUGGCUCUUGACCUAUACUCAAGUAUCUUACUGGGCAUGUUAUACUUAUUCUUUCAAUCCUUUCCUCUUCUCUUUAAAAUAACGUAUGGCUUCAACCUGUGGCAGGUUGGUCUCACAUUUCUAGGAAUGGCAUUUGGAAUGAUUGUGGCUGCCACUAGCACUCCGCUGUGGCACCGACUCAGGGAGCGCCUCGUUAAUAUACACGAGAAAGAAAUACCGGCUGUCGCAGGCAGUGUCUUGGUUUCAAUCGGACUAUUCUGGUUUGGGUGGACUAUAUAUUCAGACGUACAUUGGAUUGUUCCGAUCAUGGGCUUUGCAAUCUUUGGGUAUGGGAUGUUACUGGUUUUCACUGGGAUUCUUACAUUCAUCGUCGAUGCCUAUCCGCAAUAUGCUGCAUCUGCCCUCGCUGGCAAUGGUUUCGCGAGAUGCUCUCUCGCAGCCGUGCUUCCGCUGUUCGGAAACCAGGUGUCCACUGGCCUAAGCUUCCAUUGGGCAACUAAUCUACUUGCGUUUCUCUCAGUCAUCAUGAUACCUCUCCCAUGGUUAUUUAUUAAAUACGGAAAGAAACUGAGAGCAAAGAGCAGAUUUGCUCUAAGCUGUUAA